UUACAGCGUGCCAAUCGGAAUGGUUUCUUUAAGCUGCACGGACGAAUCGGAAAAGGUCGAGUGAUAUUUCUGAGAGAUCGAUUCUCCGUGUGUCCGAGAACUUAAGCGUGUAGAGUAUGUGGUUUUGCGUGUCCCCCUCGAACCGAAUAGUGUGUAUCGAUUUAUUCAUCAAAAUAAUAUCUCCAUCAGACGGCAUUUAAGAAUCAGCCGGUAGUGAAGAAGAGGGCUAGUCAGUGUAUCUGCGUGACCGUUGCGAGAGAUUAGUUUAAUUCCGCUCGCUGGCCUGACCAAGUGAUGAGGCGGUUCGUUUCGUCCGGAUAGUUUUUUUUCUCUACGUGGUUUUCGAUCUGUUUUUCGUCUUUAGUAGCCGCGGCCGGUUCUACAUGUGUUGUGAUGUUUGAAAAAAUGUGAUUUCUAUAAUUCGGCGAACGACAGCUGAGUAUGUUAAAUCAAUUAGAGGCAGAAAUUCCGCGUGCGGCGAUGAAGAUUAGCGAAGGAGAAGAGACAUCAGCUUGAAGAGUGCGUGUGAUGUGUGGCGGGUGUAUUUGUGUUCCGAAGGAACAGAAACGCGGCACAUAGUUUUGCUUAUGAUUGAUGAGUGAGUCGUGAGCGCUGUUUGUUUACAAAAUUAUUCACUCCGUGCGACAGAGUGCGAACAGCGAAUACGACUAACAACCUCCGUUUGCAGAGUAUUAGUAGCAGUCACGGUUGACGAUGAUGAAGCGUGAAAAAUAACGUGCAUAAUAUUUUGUUGCCGUUGGUGGGAGAGGUAUCCCUUGCGUACAAUUCCGGUCAGUUUUUUGUGCGCGAAAUAUAAACUGUCGUUCACCCCACCAAUGCACCGUGCUGAAAAGAGAACGGGCAAACAAAUCAUAAUAUUUGUUACUUAUUGUUGUGCCAACAAUCUCUUAAUUAAUUAAAUAACAAUAACCGUUUAGUGGCUAUAACCGAAGCGGAGGAAUCAAAUACAAACACUAACAGCAAGUUUAAAGGCUGGUGCCAGUCGGCGGGGCAACAUACGCACAGAUCGGUAUUCAUUACGCGUGUGUGAUACACAGCAGCCGCCGCGCCGUCGAUCGUGUGAGCUGAGGAACGUGCGGUUUUCUUCGGUUCCUUCAAGGGUUGCGCUCGUGGCGGACAGUGUUGCUAGCUGGGAACGGUCGCGAUCUUGUGCUAGUCAGCUUAGCUCAAACGGGUGAAGUUUUGCCAUUGAUCACUCGUCCCGGUCCAGAUCGUAAUCGUCGAAGUUAGUGCAACCGAUAGCAACAGGUUUACCCCGUAGCUAGAGUGAUAUAGAAGAUCGUAUCCAGUCCAGUAUAAUGCUUGUCAGUGUGAAAAUGUCGCUUGGUUUAGUGUUGUUUAGUGUGCUGUUGGCGUCGUCUGCGAAGGGAACCGUAGCAGCUGAUUCCGUGUUAUUUGGUAUUCGAGAGCCUUGCAUGAACGAAGGUGAAGAGGUCAAAAUCGACAUGGCGUGCUUCAAAUGCAUUUGUAAGAACGGAUUCGUGGAGUGCGAGCAAGAAAGUUGUCCUGCAGUCGACGAUUGCUACUUCUACAACAAGAAGACGCCGGGGAAAUGUUGUGAUAGGUGUAUAGGGUGCUUGCAUGAAGGUCGAAUGAUAGACAGUGGUACAGAGUGGACUGAUCCUGGCGAUCCGUGCGAUCACUACAAGUGCGUCUCCGGAGUGAUAACGCGAUCGCGAAUAAAAUGCUACGCUCCCUGCUCGAAUCCACUAACCCUGAAGCACGGCCAGUGCUGCCCGGUUUGCUUAGGUUGUCAGCUCAACGGCCAACAGGUUACAGGCGAAGCCACUCUGAGCGAAGAUCCAUGCGUUAAGUGCACGUGUGAUGGUCGCAAACUGACCUGCAUGAAGAAAUCCUGCCCCGUACUGCAAUGUCCAGCUUCGAAACAGAUUCGACUGCCAGGGGAGUGCUGUGCCCGAUGUAAGGAGCGUCGGGAGGAGGUGAAGCGAAACCUUCAAACGCAUUGUAUCAUCGGGAAAGCAGUUCACUUAAAUGGGAAAACCUACUCGGCGGACCAAUGUGCAACCUGCGAAUGUCGCAACGGAACAUCGUACUGCGAAAAGAACACCUGCCCCCUGUUGGAAUGCGCCGUCGAUGACCAGGUUCAAGGACUUGCCGACUGCUGUCCAUCGUGUCCAACGCAGGCAGAAUUCAAGUCCACAUGUAGCGUCAGCGGAAAAGUGUACCAGAACGGUGAAACCUGGAGCUUAAGCGCCUGCGCAUCCUGUGAGUGUCGAUCUGGGGAGGUUCGCUGUGCGAAAAUCCAAUGUCCGAAACCCAAGUGUAAACCAAACGAAACAUUAAUCACUCCAAAGGAGCAAUGCUGUCCCAAGUGCGUCGAAAGUCCCGGAGUGUGCACGGUGUUUGGAGAUCCACACUACAAAACCUUCGAUGGGAACUUUUUCAGUUUUCAGGGGUCUUGUAAGUACCAACUGACGGCGGAUUGUAAGGAGCACAGUUUUUCGAUCAGGGUUACCAAUGAUGCCCGUUUGACAAAAUCGUCCUCGUGGACCAAGACCGUAACACUCAAGUUGGGCAACGUUAAGGUGAAUCUCGGCCAAAAAAUGCGAGUGAAAGUCAACGGGACGAGAAUCGAUCCACCGUACCAAUUAGGAAAUGUGCUAGAUAUUUACAAAAACGAUGAGGGAACAGAAGUAGUUGUAGCUACCGAACUUGGCAUCAAGCUAACCUGGGAUGGAAGUAAUUUUAUACAAGUAGAGGUUCCUACUAUUUAUAAGAACAAACUGUGCGGGCUUUGCGGAAACUACAACAGCAUAUUUCGGGACGAUUUAGUUUCGAGAAACAGCAUUAAUAUGACCGACAACGUAUGGAAGUUUGCUCAGUCAUGGUCGGUCGGAGGGGAAAAGGCUUGCACGCGACCGAGAAAGAAAGAACUUGCGGCAAAAAAUGCACAAUGCAAGACGAAGAAGUUUUUCACAUUUUGUAAAAUUAUUAAAACUGACGUUUUCGGAAACUGUAAUUCUCAGCUGAACCCGGAGCACUAUUUCGAAUCGUGUAAGUUUGAUAUGUGCGAGUGUCCCCACAAACAGUGCUAUUGUGACAGUUUAGCUGCGUAUGCACACGAAUGCCAACGGCAGGGCAUUCGCUUACCCAACUGGAGGCGAGAAACUAACUGCUAUCCUAAUGCAACGAACUCGCUUAUCUCACCUCACCAUCAUCUGCUGAUGCAACAGCAGCCACCACUGCGUGGUGGCAAGCAGCAGCAGCAGCACCACCAUCAACAACAAAACAAAAAUGCUAUAAUUAGGCCCAACCAGCGACAUCGGAAGAAACAGCGAAGGCCCAAACUGAUGCCAGAUUCGGGCUCCCGUAAAGCACCACCGCCUUUGUUUUCCUAGAGCACGGGCAGAACCAAUAAAACAUGACCAAUUAGGGCCGCUUUUAGGUUACGAGAGGUAAGCAAGAAGAAGUGUGAGGCGAAAGGCAAAGUCAGACGAAAUCGAGUGAUUGCACAUCUAGGAAAAUGCUGUUCUAGUUGAGUUUUAUUAAGCGAUUUUAACUUAAAUAUUCCCACACGUAACUUAUUGCUUUUGACUAGCUAGGCUAAGGACAGUUUUAGAGUUUAGUUGUAUGUUUUGACAAUUGAAUGCCAAAAGAAGAAAACUGAUCACUCUAAAAGCAGUGAAAGGAACGAAUGAAACUCACUAGCCGAUAGAAAAUCGUUCCCGUUUUGUACAUAUAAUUUUAGUCCGCUAGGAGAAUAGUCGCAUCCUAUUUGUAGGGGUUAUCAUUUUGUACAUUUGUUUUUAUACUUAGUGCGGUUUUAAUCUCCUAUUCUAUCGCUGUACAGAUUUUAAUUAGAGUUUUACUAAAUUUCAUCAGUAUUUAUUAUUCACCGAACAAUGUAGCUUUAAGAUUUAGUUUAACAAUACCAACUGAGAACAUUGAAAAGCUAAUUCAGUUGAAAUGGACAGGUUUUCGAGAAACGUGUAAACUGAUGUUAUUCAACAUGAAAUUUUUUAAGUGAAACACUAACGUAUAGUUUGGAACUAUGUUGGCUCGCGUUCAAUUAACUCGAUUACACUACUUGUUGCUCUUUUUGAUAAACCACCUCACAAACAUAAAUUUUGAUGUCAUUAAAUAAUACGGGAAGCAAGAUUGUUAUUUGAAAGUGGUCACGCGUUAUCCGCAUGUAGAUUGUUUACCAUGUCGCAAAAUACCGUGCUGCUCCAUCGCAGUAUUUUUCCUGGAGAACGCUUACCUAUUGACCACAAAUCGUUUCCUUGGAACUAGACCUGAGAACGACUUCAUCUGCACACACCUUGUAUACCCAAUUGUGUGCCGCCGCACAGGCACCAAACUGUGCCCGGUUGCGAUGAAUACGUGUAAAGUGUAAAUAAACCUCGUAAAGAAAACCUGUGGCGAUGACUCAGGCGGGGGGGUUAGCAGUUUGCUUAUUUCUCCUGCCAAUUUGUUGCCAACCCUGCGCGAAUCGAAACGUCGGGUUCGAAGUCCAUCUCUACUACUUCCGACUGGUUUAUUUGCUCCCGUCUGGUGCAAAGUUGAUGGCGAUCAUUCAACAGGUGUUUUGUGUUACUGAAAUGCUUUACUUUUCUUUACUCGCUCGCUACUAUGUGUUCUUAUUUUCCCAAUAAACUAGCCCCGUAGAUCGCACGCGCUACUGGCGUCGUUCGUUGAUGAUGCUAUUGCGGCGGCCUUUAUUCUUGGUGCCGCCCGAUUUCUAAACAUCGAAAGUGUUCUCCAGAAGGGUAGUGGAAUAGGUAUCAAAAGUUUGUUGCGCUUUUAUUUUCCUGGAAGAACGUGCACUCUGCGGAAAGUUGUUUAGUCUAAAAUAUAGAUGGAUUACUUUUUAGAACAGGUAAAUUAGACCAGGAAUCGUGAGUUGUAUAUCCUUAAAAUUUGCGUUCGAAUAGUCUGCCCGGUUCACGUUGGUAAAAAAUGUCUGACGCAAAUGUAGUACCAUCUUCACGUUCUUGGAAUUAGAAAAUUCGUUCAAACUUUUCUCAUCCAUCUGUGUUUUUUGCAUUAAAACGCUUCAUUUCAAUCGAUGGUUGAUUUUGUAUCAUUAUUUUGAACGCUAGCUCUGUUAUUCAUAGAGAGAAAAUUUCAAGAAUUUUUUGAAAGGUAAAAGUGUCUACUAUAAUAUGUAAAACUGGGUUUUCGAUCCGCGCAUUAAAAAAGGUUUCUACCUGAGACGCGUGUCACAGGUAGAAACCUUUUUAUGGCAUUAUGCACGUUCCCAGAAUGCUUCGCGUUGCACUCUAUAUGUGUACAGGUCUCGAGAGAGUAUUUCAUGCUUUGAUCUGUAGAGGGCACCACUGCUGCCAUGGCCGAACUGCGUCUGCUUGUAGCGUAUCUGAAUAGUUAGUAUGCCGGUGCUGUACAUGCAAGCCUAUCGCGUGCCCGUGUUUUCUCUUUCUCGUAACUAUGCGAUUUUUUAAAGGGCACUCGCGGGGCCGCAAAAGGCGCAGUAGUCGACCCUUAUCGACUAUUCCCCAUUCAAGGGGAAUUAGUUUACCACCGAAUAUGUGAGCAUGUCCGCGAAGAAGUUGAAAACUACGAGGACAUUGAACUGGACUACCCAAGAUCGCAUAGUUGUCCCGUUUUCUAUGGGAUUUCCUAUCUUUAUGGGACUGAUAUGCGAUCAUGGGCAGUGGACAUCAGUUAUGUGACAUGCACUAUCUUCAGCUUCUUAAGUAACUGCUUGGCUUUCAAAUCCUGCGGUGAAGACGUGACAUACAACCGCGUAUCUGGAACAAGAUUAGCCUUCAAAAUCGUGGCGAAGUGCCAGUGCAACACGCGGUAUGUAGGUUUGAGUCCCACUAUUGGUAGUUCGUAUUGUAUUAUCCUACAAUAACUAAAGAACUUAACUUCUCUGAACACACUUGGACUUUCGGAUAAGGAACUACACUCGGUAAACUGUCAGUUGUAAAAGAGACCAGCUCUCGUAUAGAGUUUGUGAUAUUGUAGAGUCCCGUACAGAGGGAUGCCCACUGCACAGCAUAAAAUUAUGCCUAUUUUUAUGUUCUUGGCACCCACAAUUUUUGCUAUAACUUUGAAAGACUUCGACCGAGUUACAAUCCAUACCGAGUAAAUUGAAAACUUACCGAUUCGUGGUUUACUGCACUUGUUUAUAAUGAAGAGCAUUGUAAUGUAAUUUAUUAUACAAUGUUACAAAAAAGUAUAAUAAAUUCAAUAAAGUGCCUUGUUUAGUCGAUUGAAAUAUUUUGCCAUAAUAUAGUUUUUAUCAACACUAAUACUUCUCGUUCAUGUUCUCCGAAAGAAGAAUUUUUGUUUACUUUGCACGAUAGGUAUCCAUCUGACAGUUCGAGUGGUAGAUUUUGCUUCACUCUGAGCGGGCCUUUAAACAUAACCAACGCCUUUGCUCUCGUACAUUCGAUUCUAUUUAUGUUUACAUUGCUCGACUUUUCGGACACUUCCAAAGAACCAAUCGAUUUUUAUCGUUGCUUUGCAAAGUCAGCCUUAGUGAGAACUCCAUGACGUUUUUGUACGCUGUCAGCAUUCCAAUACUAGUACGUUCGCUCGAGUUUCGACUCUCCAUCUUCCUCUACCAUGAAAGUACUCGCAUUUCCUGAUAACGUUGGUGCGGAUAGGCUCUUGGCGUAAGUCGGUAUCCUAAAAUUUGGAUGGUCGCACAAAACACUAUUUCAAUUUCUACACACGUUCCAGUGGCAUUGGCAGCACCUUACCUUUCAUAACCUCGUUGUGCUUUCGUCGAACUACUUUCUUCUGCUCUAUCUCGGACCCUCACUUGGUACGUGUAUAGGGCUCGAUCUUUGAGCUUUAACUCUUAACUUUUCUCUUACUUCUUGUAUCCAUCUAUUACUUCGCCACUUAGCUCUUGUCCCCGUGAGCCAUUUAGUUGGUGAUUCCAUGAGCCAUUUAAGCCCAGCCUCAUCACGGUCUACUCGAUGGUCCCGGCGGUGAACUCACCCUACUCCUAUUGAGAGUUCCCCGAUGGAGGAAUUUCAUCGAAUACCAAUACCCGUUUCCUUGAGCCUUAUUGAGAUCUCUCCGGAUAUUAUCCGGCUGCGAACUACUAUAUUCCAACUGUGAAUUCCCUGGCAGCGAAAUUUCUCUCGGCACCCAUAACUAUCGUGAGCCUCCUUUUUGUCACGAUAUAGUCGGAUAGACAAAUGCGGUGCAUCUGCGAAGAGUUCCCCGGCUACUUUCAUGGCUGCUUCGCCGCUUUCUCUGCAACUUGGAGAGUUUACUAGUAAAUGUUCUGUUGACAGCAUCCCAGUAUGCUAGUUAUGGCACAUCUCAUCGACUAUCAACUGCCAUACUAGGCAACCCCUUCAAACUUAUUCGAACCUAGGGCAUUCGAAGACCACGUGCUCCAUCUUUUCUCGUACGUUAAUACACUUCGGGCAAAGGGGUGAUGAAGCAUAUCCAAACCAACUCGGAUACUUUCAAAAGCAUCCGUACCCAGACAAAAACUGCGUUAAAUGGAAGUUAACCUUGCCAUACUUCCUAUGCACCCACACCACCGUAUUUAGGAUGAGUCGAUGGGACCUUCCUUUCUCCGCUUUAUACAACUCUUGCUGUCAUUUAGCCAACGAGCCCGUUCUGAUCAGUUUCCUUGCAUUUCGUGUAUUACUCUGCUGGUAGCAUAUAUUGGAAGAGUCCUCAGCCAGAGUAAUGCCGAUUGGAAUCAUCCCAGCAAUGACGCAUAUCACCUUUAAUGAUCUCAUUAUGUACGCGCUCACGACACGAACAGCCAUUAGGUGAAACAUGCUUGUCAACUUCGUCCGGUUCCGCUUUGAAUUCGUCAUACCUUAGUAUUAGGGAUGAGUAAGCUGACCAACUCUGACGAAAAAAUCCGUACACUAUGAAAACCGUUUGCCUGAGCGUGAUGAACGAUUUCGCUUCGUUGCGGUAUGGUGUACGGAUUUUUUCGUCGGAGUUGGUCAGCUUAGGGAUGAGGCACCCGCUAGGAGAUGUCUCAUGCUGCAUCUUGAUCAUCGACCAUCACACCCAGGUACCUCAGCGCACGCAUCGAUGGAAUUGAGUGUCCGCUAACACUGACACGACACGCUGGAUGUUUUAGAUUGCUGGCCAGCAUGUCUAUUGUAUCUGCCGUCAACAUCUGCACUUCCUCGAGGGUCUCGCAGGUUAUUGUCUGGACAAAUUCAUCUGUAAAGGCGACUCCCCUGGCCAAUUACAGUGUUAGGGCCGAGUAAGGUGUCCUGAGGUACUCCCGCCGUUUCCCUAAUCAACCUUUGCCUAAUCUUUGUCUCGUAGACUAGUACUUGGUUAUGAAAGUAACUUUUCAGAACCUUGCAGAAAUAGUUCGGGAUCCGCAUUCUGUGAAACGCUAUGGCGAUAGCCAACUUCAAUGCUUUCUCGGCGCUCGUGAUGAUUGUGCGGAUGGAGCCCACUGUCGAGAUCUCUUUCCAGAAUCCGAACUACCUCUGCGAUAGUCCGUUCUCACUUUCAGCUUAGUUCGUCAGCCUGUUGUGGAUUGCAGAAGCUUACCAAGACUACCCAGCAGGCAUAUUGGCAGAUACGAUGCAGGAUCUCCUGGUGGCUUCCCUUCGUUCUGACAGCAACACCAGCUUCUGGAUUUUCCAUCUAUCCGGAUCGGUAGCUUUCUUCGCUUUCUGCCCUGUCGUCACUGUAAGGAGCUUGUCGUUGAAGAUUCGAUUCCAACGUCCGCAUCAACAUACGGUGUAGGUGGCCAUGUGGUUGGGUCGCCCUCAACGAUAAUUUUCAAUUCGUCAACGCUCAUUUCAGUAUCAUGGCCCCAGGGGUAAGCGUCUUCUUCUCUGCACAGCUUUUUGUAGCAGGUGGACAUACUAAGCACUAUCUUGCGUUUAAAAGUGGUCCUAGCCGCCAGCAUUAUCACAUUCUCUCUGACUGCCUCAGAUCUUGCUCACUGAAAGCGUCUUCUGGAUUAUGGGCAGGCAGCACGAAGAACGCUGAGCCUUUCAUUCCACCAAUACGCCGGACUCCGGCAAUUCCUCGGCUCCAUUUUCCUCGGCAUUAUGAAGUCACACGCCCUCGCUAAUGUUUCCGACAGCUCAUCGGCAUUCGAAAUUAAAGCGAGGCUGUCAGCACGAAGUGCUUCCACAAAAAGGACCUUAUCGAAGUCCUUUAUUUUCCACUUCCUCUCACCAGUCCUCACUCUUGGCGUUACAAUGCGAUUCCACCGUCCAAUGGUUUAGUGAUACACCUGGUAGUCGCUAUGCGUGUACUGCUAACUAACUCGUCAAUUCAUGUUAUCCAUCAGCGACGCACUGCAGAAUGUUACGUCGAUAAUGGAUUCCGAGCCGUCUUUACGAAAUGUGCUAGCGGAACCUUUAUUGCAAUUGCAAACAAAUUAGUGCAUGAAACUGAACCGUUAAACGGGGAAACAAGACACCGAAUAGUGCUGAAAUUAUCACAAUAUUAAACUUUGAUUAGCUAAGAACAAAUAAUUUCUCAAAAGACAUUAUACUUGGAUUACGGCAAUGAGAGUCAAAGGAGACAUAAAUGGGAGAUAGAAAUGAAGGUAGAAAACUACAAAAAUGGUAAGUUUUUAGUACACAUGUGUAUGUUAUAUAUACAAAUUGAACCAAUAUACUUAAUACGCGUCGAUUUCCUGCUUAAAUGGAAUCGAAAGUCUUACUGUAAUGUUAUAAUCCAAUUGAUACAAACAUUACAGUAAGGCGGGGCUAGUUGAUGGAACGAUGACCUCGGAACAUGUCUGGCACUGUACACGAAAUGGGUCAUCGGAAAGUCAAUUGAGCUAACACCUUCCUAAAUCCGUGAACCAAGUUAUUUGCAUGAAUGUUUAAAUACAUGCAAACAUCUUUCUUCUGUAAAUCGCUACCAGCUAGUGGGAGAUAGGAUGGUUAACACACACACACAUUAUACUUGGAUUACGGCAAAAAUGUGUUUCACCCUCUUCUGGACGACGGCCAUUCAAUUGUCUCGUAUAUUUUCUUCAUUUCUUACAUGUCACUUAAUAUCUCAAAUAUAAUCAAGUUUUUCAUUCGAUCAAUAAGUUUCUCGCAAACCUGUACUAAUCUGAGUAAUACUACGCGUUACUUACAAGAGAAUAAAAAUCAUACAAAAAGUAUUAUUACCUGACGAAAAUAGCACAAUUUAUAAUUCCCAUAUAAGAUCAUACGUAGCAAACAAGAUUUUAUUUGUUGUUAUACAGAAUGUUCGCGGAAUUCAAAGCAGGAAAAUAUAUGUAGUGCGUAAGUAUAUUGAAGCGCAUCAAACGAACUGCUGCUAUACCGAAUUAAAUCAUCCUAGCUCUCUCGAAAUUGUAUUUUAAUAUCCACUACAUACAUAAUUGCGCAAACAAAACCCAGUCAUUGCACGGAAUAGUAUUAAACGACUCAAAUUACAGCCGAAAAUCGAAACGCUACUCAAAUUCACAAAAUCUUCAUGUUUUCUUGCAGAUGCAAUUUUUGAAAGUAAGCAACCUUUACAUUCCAUCUCAUUUUUCAGUCAUAUGUAUACAAUUAAAAGUUUAGAAUAGUACAAUUGUCGUCGAAACGACGUGUGAACAAAAGAUUACUUACAACUAUUUUGGACAAUAAGAAAUCACCAAAAUUGAUGACUCAAAUACCAGUAAAAAAGUGAAUAUGAUAAAUUCCCAGUGAACUUUAACAGCGAUCAACUUCAAGUGCCAACUCCAAAAUCGAGAUUAUCUAGAACUAAAACAGAACUAGCGCAGAAUUCAUCCCUUUAGUACUGUCAAAUAAAAAUAGAAACCGUUAAUUUCUGUAAAUCAUUUAAAAAUCGAUUAACUACCAACAUUAAUCGCCAGUGGUUGUCUACCAGUCCUUAUCAUAAAAUAUAUACCAGAAUUCACUAGCAUCACAAACACAUGCACACACAAAUUGUUUCAGCUUAGCCAAACAGUUGAUUUAUAUUCUCGCCUAACGCAAACAUGCAACGAAUAAACGAUUGAAUCAAACUGGCAACCCAGAAACUUAUCGGCGAGUCUAAUUUGCUUCAUGAUCAUAAUGCCACUAUUAUUGUUGAUUCGAGCAACGGAAAAAUGAUCUCUUGAUAUAAAACAAUGUAAUAUUUUUAGUGAAUGCCUAUAGCCAUGUAAGAGGAAGUUGAAUGAAAAUUUUGCAAGCAGAACACGGUUUAACAAAGCAAGCAGUGCAAGAAUAUGCCCGGUAUUUGGUUGGAAAACAUAUACACAAAACUACACACAGAGAUUCUGUACCAGUAAACGAGGAAAAUUAAGAGUAUAUGAAGUAAACUAGCGUGUAUGAGCAGAAUAAAUAAAAGAAUAAACUACCGUGAUUUAGAAUUUGUUAGUAAAACGAUUGCAUUGUUCCUAUGUUAUAUUUGUGCGCAAAGAAUAAGAUGUUAAUAGCGGUGAACUUUAUGUGUAUGAAAAAGUAAAACUGUAUUGAAAAUAUUUAAUUGAUGAGCAGUGAAUAAUAAAAAAGGACACACGAAUAGUA